UGAAACAUUACAUCACGUUCCGGCAUUGAUAUCAAACAAUCAAACAACGUUUCAAACUACUUGCAAUUAUACCUUUAUUUGUUCACAUUUAAAUCGGAUAAUUCCUAAGUACUUAUAGGUGAUGAUUGGUUGCUUUGAAUGCGAACCGUCGGUAAACAUUGUGCGAUGAACUUUCUGAAAUACCAUCGUUGAAAUUUGUUUCGUGUAGAUUAGUUUAUGUAUAAGUUUUUGUAUUUUUUGUAUAAUUUAUAAAAUAAUUUAAAAUAAAAUGGAAGUAGAAGCAUCAACGGAGGAAAAUGCUGUUGAGGUUAUUAGAGAAGGUGUAAGAGAACUUGUUUCUGCCGAAAGAAAAGAGAAUCGGUUGAAAGUUUUAAAUAAAAAUCGUGUGGCUUUGGGAUAUACCGUCUUGGAUUCAUCUUUCACACCAAAAUUUGUUGUUGAACAGGCAGAAAUACUUAAAAAGAAACCAUUGCCAAUUGAAAGAUACAAGCAACUUCAGAAUGCUCUUAUUCAGAACGAAGAAAAUGUCAAUGCUUUUUUAAAAGUGAAUAACAUAUUGUUUGCUCUGUCACGCGAUUUCUCUGGUAACAAUCCAAUUAUACAAUUAUGUGCUAUCAGUUGUGCCUGCAAUAUUGCGCUUGGAAAUACCAAGGCUUGUACUUCAUUGGCUAAAAGCAUUGGAUCGUAUCUUACUACGGGAUUAGAUAGUUUAAACUAUCCUUUAGUAGAAGUCUCUAUAUGGACAAUGGGAAAUUUAAUUGCUGGAAGUAAUAAAGCUUUUGAAAUAUUUCAUGCACAAAGUUGUUUAAAGCAUAUUAUUUCGCUAAUGCAAAACUGUGAUAAUAUGAUUUUAUCAGCAGUAGCAUAUUGUGCUAUGCAUUAUGUACGUGUUGGCUUUCAACAUAUUAGCGAAAAUGAAAUGGUUGAACUUACUAGAGUUACUACAGAAAGAAGUCUUUCCUUUGAAAGAUCAUAUAUGAUUUGGUUGUUAGCUUUACUGUCUUCGCAGGAACCUUGUAACAUAUAUGUAUAUAAUGUUGUACCCUUGAUAGUGGAUUAUCUACAUCAAAGUAUUAAAAAUAAUUACACUGCUGUAACAGAGAUCACAGCAUGCAUAAGAAUAUUGGCUAACACUGUGCAGGAAACAUCUGGAAAGGUGGCAAAACUGUUUUUAGAAAAUUUAAAAUGUACCCAGUUAGAUGUAGAAACAUUGUUGAAUGGAUUACUUUCGUGCCAGUAUGUACAUAUCAGAAAAGAAACAUUGUGGUUAAUAGGAAAUCUUUAUAAUCACAAUGUUAUCAGUAUCAAAAAUACUAUUCGAAAUAUCAUACCUAAGUUGCCAUCCAUGAAGCAAGCAAUUUCAUCUGCAACACAGCAGAGCAUACUGGUAAAUGCAGAUCAAAUCAGUUGAAUGGAAAUGUCAUGAAUAAAUCGUCUUCCUAAUCCUACGGAAGUCCGUUCGGCCGGUGGAUCAUCCUCUAUGCAAGGUAUUUUAAAUACAUUGAAAUAUAAGUGA